AUGUCAUCAGGUGACCAACAAUCAGGAAAAGACACCCAACAGGUACAGCAGGCGCUUAGGGAGCACACUGAGGCCAAUAUCGACGACUAUGUGAAGACAAGUACCUUCACCGACAAUGACCUUCAUGAGUCGAUCAGAGGACAUAUCGCACUCGAGUGGAAGACCUGGUUCUUCUACCGAAAGAUGGGAGCGGAUUGUGGUCGUGCUAAUGUCGGCCUCCAUGGCUUCGCUCAGCUGUUCAAGCGUGCGGCUGCUGAAUGCUUUGCCGACGGCAUGUGGCUCGAGAGCUACCUCAUCCAGCGAGGAGGUCGAUCCAACCCUAGUGACAUUCCUGCGCCAAACACCGAAUUCCCAGACAAUCCAGUUGAUCCAGUCAGACCAGUAAAGGAAGCACUAGAUCACGAGAAGGCGCUGUUGGAAGAUCUCCUACGUCUUUGCAAGAUGGCAGACUCUAAGGAGGAUUAUGCUCUUGAGGACGUCCUCGAAACCCGAUUCCUAAAGAAGGAAACAAAACAUGUCAAGGACCUUGGAGAUCUGCUGCAACAAUGCGUCAGGAUUUCCAAACAGGUCGGUCACGGGCUGUACCACCUCGACAAGGAGCUUCGAGAGAACAGUGGUGUUAUUCCGUGGUCGCGCAACAACAAUCCUGACUACACGGAUGAGCUACUUGCUGCUGCCAUGAAGGAUUUGGGCGAUACAAAGUUGUUCCCAAACUAG